UCCAGAUCAUUUCUUACUGUUGUCACUAGUCUUCACCUCAGUUACAACGUUAAGUAAAAAUGUAAAUAUGGAUAAAACGUUCCAGUACAGUUUGGUCAAACAUUACGAGUUUCUCUCCAAACAGCAUUCGGAAAAACUACUCCCCAAUACAAUAGUACAAAUGAUCGGAGCUGUGUUCGGAAUAUUUGGAAACUCUCUUGUGCUUUGGCUGUACGGUAAAUAUAUACGAGAUAAAUCUGGUUCUCGAUAUUUUAUUCCAGCUCUGGCUUUUGUGGAUCUUGUUGGAUGUGUUUUGAAUGCAAUCCAUUUUCAUCUGGAGAAUAUAAUGUCCUAUAAUUACCCUGGUGUUCAUUUAUGUAAAACAAUGUAUUUUUUAAUUCUCUUUACUGGAGGUUUUUCCGCUAUAUUAAUCCUUGCGAUAGCGCUACAAAGGUAUCUAUUAAUCUGUCGUCCAUUUGGCAGGCAAAUGACGAAGAAAUUGUGCAAAAUAUCUCUGUUAUUUAUGUUACUAAUAUCGCUUGGGCCAUCAGUUCCAUCUUUGAAAUUAAUUGGACAGGAACUUAAAUUGAACGAAUUUAACAUCUCUGAGGAAAUAGUUUUCUGUAAAGCUGGAAAUUUUAGUACCGAAGAAGUUCAAGAGAUGAUAUCGUACUUAGGAGUUUUACUCUUUUUUACCUUAGGAAAUAUUUGUGUUACUUCUGACCUCUACAUCCCUGUAAUUAGAGCUAUGUAUAGAACACUGUCACCUCCAAGACAAAAUAAUGGUAAUUACGGUCAUCAUGUCAAUCCUGCAGAACGACGCAUCUCUGAUGAUGAAAAUAUUGCAAUGGAGGAACUUCCAGAAACAGAUGUGAGACAUAAUAACAUUGAACAUUGCAACAACGCAAUUACUGUCAGAAACCGGAAAUUAAAAGCGAGACAGAGAAUUACUCUUAUGUUUCUUGUCAUCAUUAUUGUUUACGUAGUUACGUAUCUGACGACACCCAGGUUACCCAAAUCUACAGUUUUGUAGAUUACAAUGUUUUCUUUCUUACAGGAUAUAAGCUGAAUGUUUUAUUUUUUUGUCUCCGCUUUAAUCUUCUGAAUCAUAUUGCUAAUCCAUACAUUUACUGGUUUUUUGACACCAAAUUUAGACACGAACUGCGAAAUUCAUGUUGUCAUGUUAUUUUCAGACAUUAGUUUUCAGAGGUGAAAUGAUGACAACUUAUGGCAAAUUUGAGUCAUUUUGAGUUUCUCACAGAAAGAAAGUGAUGUUCAUUACAAUUAUUACAUGUACAUGUGUAAAUAGAUUAUUUUAAUUUCAGUGUAGAAUUUAUAAAUUUUUUUUUUUUGAGUAAAAGAAAUUAUGUUUUUUUCUAUAAAGGGGGCAAACUGGUAUUUCCAGUCCGUAAUACUUUGCGCAUCGUAGUUAAAAAGCAUAUUUAUCCUUUAAAGCAACUAUUUUCACAAAAUCAAUACAUUUUAUCAAAUCUAGGAAAUAAGUUUAAAAACCUGUAUUUAAUUGUACAUAACUGAUUUUGAAGGUAUUUUUCAACCGAUAGGGUGAUUGACGUGGUAAUUGUGUAUUUGUGACGUAGGCAUAAAAUGACGUUCUGCAAGAGGGGGCAUAAAACAUGUUUACAAUAUGAGAUCUUAAAAUCUGAAAAAAAAAACGGAAUUGGAGAAUCUCUCAAUUAUUUUUGUAUUUUUUGUAUAAAUCCUUAUUUUCUAUCUGUAUAUUUAUAGUACAUUUGUACUCCAUUAAAACAGAAAAUGUUAAUUUUUACAUUUUGAAUUGCCUCACAUGGAAACCAGACGUUAGAAAUAUUGUGUGUCUUAUUUUUUAUGUUCCAUUUAGUAAUACCCAUCAUUCAUUAUAAUUUGAGCAAAACGUCUACUGCAGUUGUUGUAUAAUUUGCUUUGAAAAGCAAUUAAUUGACAUUUUGUCACAUAAUGCUAUUAUAGUAAA